CUGGGCAUCUCUUACCUUGGCCUCUUCGAGGAAGAGCUGCCGUUUCUGCGAUUCCAGAUUGGCGAUCGAGGAGAACGAUCCGUCGCCAACGAGGUUGUCCCUAUGCCCGACGGGACUUCUAUCCGCAUCAAGAACGUCUCCCGCGGGGCUUACUGGAGGCGAAAUGGUGAGGCAAGUGACUUCAUAUUGGCUGAAGACGACCUCACCACUCCCGGCCCGGAUUCUCUGUUUCAGCCAAUUAAGGUGGACGGCCAAACCAUCGUUCUACGCAACUUGGGGAACAACAUGUUUGCUUCUCGGGCGGGCUACUAUCUGCAAGCCAACGAACCCGAGAUCGAAGAGUUCUUCAGCGAACUAACCCUGUACGAGCUCGUCUCCUCGAAGAGGAUCAAAGACAUCAAGUUCCUACUCGAAUACGGUUGGGUUUACGAUGAAACCCUCGUCGUAGUGAACCCUGGAGAAGCUGUCACCAACGAGAGCGGUGUCGCUCGAACCCUGUCGGUAGAGAUCCGGUACAAGGACGUGAGGAGUUGCACUCUGAAAGCGAAUGGCCCGACGAUGAGGUUGGGACCGGUAGUUCGUAUCCAGCCGGACGAAAUCGGGUCCAUCAGCGAUUCGUCUGCAAUCGAGCUGAUAGCUCCGUUCGAGUUGUCUUACCUGUGGGGUCCCUACACCACUCAGGUGGGGGACCCCGACCAGAUCAAAGUCCACGAGGUCACGGUGCCACCCUGGUCAACGGUGACGGUCAAGCUGACUGCGAGUCUGGCCACGUAUGAAAAACUUAUCAAGUAG